CCGAAAGGAAAUGGAGAACUACCAGGUCUGUCGCUGAUCUUGUUUCAUUCAAACGACACAAAAACCAUGUUACACAUUUGCUGAAAGAAGCAAAAUCAGCUUUUCUCACCGAUUUUAUCAGCCAGAAUUCUGAUAACCAAGGCAAGUUAUUUCGUGCUGUGAAAAACCUUCUAGUAGAAACGAAAUCGUUAUGCUGCUCGGAUUAUACGAACAAAUCAGCGCUUGCAAAUGACAUUGGGAAAUACUUUGUGCAAAAAAUCAGCCGAUUGCGCGAAGAGCUUGACCAAGGUUAUAACCCGAAUGAUCAGAGUUAUGUCCUGGAUGACAGUGGUGUAAAUAGUGACUCUACAAUUCCUCCGACUCGUAUUGAAGCCUUUGAGCUGUUAGCCGAGGACCGUGCGUGUGCUCAUUGCGAACUCUAG